AUAUUCCUAAAUUUUUAACCAAAAUGAAUUAAAUUAAAUAUAUGUAUAUUAUUAAAUGAUUAUAAAUUAUUAAAACCAUAAAAAUAAUAAUGGAACCUUAUGAAAUCGAGUUUAUUGGUGAGAAUCGGAUAAUCAGUAUAACACCAAACUUUACCCAUGAUAAAAUAUACUUGAUAUGCGGUGAAUUUGGUCCGUUUCGUGCUGGUUUACCUGUGAACGUACCACUCUGGCUGGCUAUCAUGCUAAAGCAGAAACAAAAGUGCCAUGUUAUCCCUCCUGACUGGAUGGACGUGGAAGUUUUGGAGAAUAUUAAAGAAGAGGAAAAGCGUUCCAGGUUCUUCACAAAGAUGCCAAAUGAGCACUAUAUGGUGGAAGCCAAACUGAUACUUGGUUCAGCUGCUGAAGAUGUUCCCAAUGCACCAGAAAUAAAGACUAUUAUCAAAGACAUCUGGGAUAUAAGAAUGUCUAAGUUACGAACAUCAAUGGAUGCAUUGAUGAAAACUGGAGGUGGCUAUGGCAGAUUAGAUCAUUUAACAAUGAUGGAAAUAAACUCAGUGAAACCUCUUCUACCUGCUGCUAUGGACAACCUCUUAAGGAUGCAAAUGAAAACGAAAAAGACAGCACCAUCACUCAACUUAAAUAGUUCAACCUUCAGUCAAUCAGGGAGCUCUCAAAAUACAUAGUUUUAAGUGUAGUAAUUAAGUUCUUAAUUUUUUUUAAUGAUUUUGUAACAAAGUGGUUGGUAACAAUCAAAAAGUGGUAAUAAGAUUAAAAACACUUAUUGUAA